GCAGGUAUGAAACAAACGGCGUUCAUUCGUGUGCUUGGUUCUUUGAUGUUAUUCCUGAAUGAUACCAUAGUUUGCGAUUGCUAAUAGCUUGUUUGAAUUGUAGCCAUGUGGCAGCAUGCUAGCCUCGUUGUAGAUUCUUUUUACAAGGCCUGCCUUUGUAACAUCAACGUACUGUCAUUCUUUUCCAGAUGGGGAGAGCACAAGAGCAAGCGGCAGAGAAGAUAUCAACCUUGAAGAAGCACAUUGAGGAGCUGGAGGAGGAUCUCUCUAAGACGUCAUCUGCUUUGUCUGAAGUUUCUCAAGAGAGAGAGAGAAUCUCUCAGGAGGCAGAGAGUGAAAUAUCAUCUUUGAAACAAACAGUGGCUUCCCAGAGAGUGGAGAUUGAAGAGGCACGAGCUCGGAUCAAUGUUCUGAAGCAGGAUGUUGAGCGGCAUCACAAGCAGUGGCGAGAGGCACAGAACAACUAUGAACGGCAGGUCAUGUUGCAAGCGGACACAAUCAGAGAGCUCUCUUCGGCAUCAGAGCGCUUAACUAGACUUGAACAGGUCGAGCGUGCUGCCCGUGCUAGGGCGGAGACCGCGGAGGCAGAGCUGGCAGCACUCCAGGUGUCCUGGGCAGCAGAGAGAGCUGCACUUGAGUCCACCAGAGCAGAUGCAGAGCGGAAGCAGCGGGAACUGGAGGACCAGAAUAGCAUUCUUUUGGAUCGGCUAGAAGCCAAGCACGUGAAGUCUGCUGAACAGUCCCAAAGGGAAUUGGCGGGGAAUAAAGAACUCAGCACUGAGCAUCUCGUAGACACAGAUGCAGACCUCGAGGAAGUGGUGCGGUACUUACGACGAGCAAAGGAGACGGCGGACACAGAGCUGUCACUGCUGAAGCAGGAGCGUGUUCGCUUGCAGAAACAGGCUGAUGCUGCACUGCGAGCAGCCGAGGAUGCCCGAACUCAGCUGCGAGUUGAGCAAGAGCGAAACCGGGCAAGUAUUCAAGCAGAAGAAGAGCAUAGGGCCCUGGUCAGCCAGGUUCAGCAAUUGAAUCUUCUGAGGGAGAGCAAUGCCACUUUGCGGGAAGAGAACGAGCGCAAUUUCCGAGAAGCAAAGGAAUGGCGUGACAAAGCUCAGAAAGCUCUUGCAGAGACGGAUCCGUUGAGAGGAUUGCUGAAGGAAAAGGAUGCCGAGCUUGAGGCAGCCCGGAAAGAGACCUUGAAAAUCAAGGAGGAGGUGACACUUUGGCAGAACCGUGUCAAGCAGCUUCUGGAAAAAUACAAAUCUGUAGAUAUGGAGGAGUACAAACAAAUGAGGGCUGAGCUGUCUUCUCUCAAGGAGCAUCUCAAGGCUGUGGAGCAGGACAUCCGCUCUGCGACUGCAGCAAGGGCUGAGGCAGAAGAAAAAUUGGCAAAAGCAGAGAAGGAGCUGCUGAACUCUGCAAGCAGGCUAGCUGAGGUCGAGAAGGAAUUAGAGGCCUGUCAGGCCAGUGUCAAAGACCUUCAGAUCCGGCUUGUGAAUGUCCGACGAGCUGCCAACAAGCUACAGAGGGAAAAAGAGUCAGUCACGAAGGAAAGGGAUGAGCUGAAGUCGACGGCAGAGAAGGCUACGGCGGCCGCAGAGGCUGCUUUGCGUGAUAAGGGAGUUUCAGAUGCUGCAAGGCAAGCAGCAGAAAGGCAUCUCAAGGAAGAUCGUCUCCAGGCUCAGUCCUUGAAAGCCACAGCACAUGCGGAAGCACUGGUGGAUGCUCAAAAGGAAGCAAGUGCAGAGGCUGAGAUACUCUUGCGCACGGAGAAAGAGAAGGUGCAAAAACUGGAGCAGGAGGUGCAGUCGUGGAAGCACAAAGAUCAGAGGACAAAGAACAACGUCUUGGUCGCAUUUCAAAAGGCCAAGUCGGAACUCGAUAAGUUGAAGAACGAGCUGAAAAAGAUCCAAGCAGAGAGAGAUGCAUACAAGCAUCGCAUUCAGCAGGAAGGUAUUCAGGUUGGCGAUCAAUCAGAGUCUUCUGGUGUCCCACCGGAUGUGACAAUUUCAGCCGAUAAUGCAAUUGCAGAAUUAGAAGCUUUCACGAAGAAUGAAGCAGAAGCCGAUCUGGACACAUCAUUGUCUCUGCCAAACACUUCAUCACCUGCAUUGAAUUUUGGGACAACUGCCACAACAUCUCGUCCUGGCACACCUGGAAAUCUGAUCCCAGCAGCUGCCUCAACAGGCCCCGAGAACACUGCAGCUUUGGGGAGCCAAGCGACUGCCUCAGAUAUGUCUCUUGCUGCUGGGGAGGAGAGGCAGUCACAGGCAGCUUCUCAAAGUGGAGCGAAGAUUGGACAAAAAGUUGCUUCUGGUACUGCGACUGGCACAGCACGAAGUUCAGCGAAGUCCCCAGUCCUCGCAGGAGUGGCAAGGCCAGCACCAUCUUCGCCAGCUCCUGUGGGCAGUAUUGCGCUUCCUCCUCCAGCUGCAACAGCCCUGGCAGGUAGUGGUGGUCUUACCAGCACUAGUGUCACAAUCACUACCACUACAUCGACUGCAGCUUCAAGUGGUACCGUUGCAGCUGUUGGAAUUGUGUCCUCUACAGUUGUGUCUGCUGCUGCCGCUCAGGCUCGAGCUGUGAACCUCAAUCAGACACAGAUAGAUGAGCUCAGAAGGAAGAUCAAGCUUGCACAGCACCAGGAGCAAAUGGCGCGUACAGGAACACGAAGGCGGCUUCAGCGCCCGCCUAUUGAACCUCCUGUCAGUGCCACUUCCUUAGCAACCGGUGCUGGUAUGCUGGAUGUCGAGUCAGACCUUGCUGUGUCAGGUGCGGGACAAGCAACCAGAAAGCGGCCUGCAGGAAUCGAAUCAGAAGUAGGUGGGGACUUAGAAGGACCUGGAGAAAAGGAGGACGAAGGAGAGGUCGAGGGUGAGCCUGGACCACCGUCAAAGCGAGCCCGUCCAGAAGAUGGUGAGCUGUCUGCCGAGGAAGGAGAAGUUCAGAAUGAAGAGUUUGCCGCGGAGGAAACCAUGUCACCAUUGAACGAAGGACUGUGCAAGCCCUCUCAGGAUGAGAGAGACAGAUCUGAUGACAUGGAAGUGCCCGCUCAGAAGCGUUCAAGGUUGGAUGAGCCUGGAGCAGAGGAGAGGAUAGACCUGGGGGCGCGGGAAUACUGUGAAGAAAACCAGGGUGCUGAGGAGGUUGCAAAGGUGGACAGGGAUUCGACCGAUGGAAUGGAACAAGAUGGUAUGAUGUCGCCUGUGGCUGCAGGCUGUGGGCCCGGGGGUGGUGAAAGAACUGUUAGCACCACGACACAGGUGGGAGAAGUGGAGACAGAAGCUGCAAGACAGGGAAUGGAGACCCUGGCGGAAGAAAAGGAGGCCGGGGAGACGCGCGAUGAUGGUGACCAAGAAGAACAAGCAGUUGUGGAAGGACAGGAGAUGGUAAGAGAGAGGACCCCAGCAGCGCAGGUUGCUGCUGGUGAGGAUGAGGAGGAAGGAGAUGUGCGGCACUCUGCUGGUGAACCAGAGUCAGAUAGCGGUGAAUCUCUCGUGUUUGUGGAGGAUUCAGAGAUCGCCGGCUCUGAUGCAGAGGAUAAUGCCACAGAAAUGACUGUGGACCAUUCGACGGAAGGUGUCGAGCAUACAGAUGGGCACCAGGAAAGUCAGGACAAUGGUGAGCCCCAAUCUGAGGGUGAGGUGAAUCUCCCAAGGAGUCAAGAUGGGGGGGACACUGGAGAAGGAGAGGAGGGGAGCGCCAUCGCAAAGACCCCAGUACGAAGCACCCGGGCAGCAGUUAGGGCAGCCCUUGGGCUCAGAGCAGGUCGAGGAAGGGGCAGGGAGGGAGCCCACUCCCCUGGAAUUGCAAGAGGACGAGGGGAGCAAUCUGGCACAGGCAACGCUGUAGGGGAAACGGAGUCCGCGACGAGAAGCAGGAUUAUCAAUCUGAGGGCCAGGAGGAGCACAGAGACCAGCUCUAGUUCCCGACAAGGCACAAGCAGAGGAGCAGUCCCAACUGAACCAGCAGGAGCAGGAAGGGCACAGCCUGGCAGAGGAGCCAAGCAGGUGAGGAGAACUGGUCCAGCAGCUGCAUCCCGAAGGCGAGUUACUUCACAAGGUACAGGUUCGUCAACGCCUGCCUUUGGUAGCGGCGCUGUAGGUGGAGGCGACAGUUCAGCAGCACCUGCGAACACCGAGCCAGUGCCGACAGGGAACAUGUACGCCUUGUUGGAUGAGAACAAUGAGUAGCGGUCUUCUUCACCGCACCCAUUUGUCUCCUUACGGUGCCCGUCCGUACAUCUGUGAUCAAGAUCGAUUCUUGGAGUCGAGAGCAAAUGAUUGGCUCCACUGCUGAGGACGAGAGUCAAUGAUAUCCCCACCAACUUACGCAUCCAUCUUGCUCGCUCGACUUUGACUAUUCUGUUGAAUUAUGUCUUGACAGAUUUGCUCGCAGGACAUGAGGACUAACUUCGACUAAGGGUUUUGCGGAGGAGGAAUGAUACGACCUCCAUGCCUGAUAUGAUGUUGAGUUGCAGACAAGUUGUCACACUGCUGGUAUGUGUGGAAUCCUUUGGUAUGGGUAGUGCCUGUUCACCCGGAACUUGGGCGCCAAGCAUAGGUAGCUCUUUUUGCUCUCCGCUAGCAUAGAAACACAGAGAAGAUGAGCCACGCGCGUUAAUAGCAGUACACCGUUCUGCAGAUCGUUACCAGGUCUGAGGUUGUUGUGAAUCGCAAUAGAAAGUAGCUAAAGAUAAAGAAGAAUGCCACAUUGUAAUCGCAGACUGAUCCAUUUUCAGUCCUAUUGCUUGAAACACUUUGCUUUUCGGUUCUGCAUGCUUGUGAGAGGGAUGGAAUCAGGUUCAUGUCAUGCUCCGUUCUUAGAUGAGUUGCAUCCUUUCCAUGGGUUCUGUAGACAUCUAGAAUCAUAUGACAAAUCACAUGGCCGAGAGAGAGAGAGAGAGAGAGAGAGAGAGAGAGAAGGAGGUUCUUGUAAUGAUCCGUUUUUAGACGAUCGCAGUGGCAUCUGAUACCGGGGAUUGUGGUUUGUGACGCGGGAAUGAUGAUGUUCCAUAUGUGAGUAGUAUAGCAAAGGAGUAGUGUACUUCAACCAGUGAUGGUUGUGACCCUGCUCCAAGGCACGUUUGAUCAGUGUGCCGUGUAUGUCUUUGGAAUUCAUGACUUCAUUCACUGAGGCAUGAGCUGCUUAGCAGGAUUUUCUUUACUCACACAUUCACGUGCACAGAGACUUGACUCACACAUUCGCGUGCACACAGAGAGAAAGAGAGACAGAGAGAGAGAGAGAGAGAGAGAGAGAGAGAGAGAGAGAGAGAGAGAGAGAGAGAGAGAGNAGAGAGAGAGAGAGAGAGAGAGAGAGAGAGAGAGAGAGAGAGAGAGAGAGAGAGAGAGUUCUAACGCAUAGGGAUCACUACUUGUUUGAUGGAAGUUGGUGUUAAUGCCCCAUGUUGUGAUCAGCACAUCUCACAACGGCGUGGUUUAUUAUGGCUGUCCAAUGGUGUUGAUCUUGGGAGUUACUGCCUCCUUUAUCUCCCAAAUUGUUGUAUGGCAUGUAUUUUUGGGGUCUAGCCUUAAGGUACAUUCUUGACUAUGACUACUUUGUAUCACUGACAUCAUUCGCGAUGCUGCCAUCAUGGGCGUGGGGGCCUUCGUGCAAAGUCCAUGGAUUGGUCUUCCAUUGACGUUGUCUGUGUGUGGUUCAAAAUGAAUGGUGAAUCAAGGUGGUGUCCAUGGUGGAGGAACAGCCUGGAGGAAUACUGGUUGAAGUACACAGCCUGGUGUGUCAAGGUACUGGUUACCCAUGAUGUGAAUUUGUAUGGUUAAGAAAGUUAGCGUAGGAACGUAGCUGAGGCGGCACACAGAAGGAGAGAGGCGAUUUUGAUCGAGCCUUCCACUGCGUGGAGAACUGGAAGCCGUGGACAGGUGAAGACGCUGACAGAAACUGCAUAUUCAAAUUUGCAACCACGGACAAAUUUAUGGAAGCAUGAGAGGUUCUCUGCACACUGUAAAGCGUUUCAUUUGGGACUCAUAUGCCAUUCAAUGAAAGGCGAUUUCUGGC